GUGACUUGUUGGCUCUUUUUCCCGCCUGUAUAAAACGACAAGUUCGCUUAAAAGAAAAUACAGAUGGAGAAGUCUAGCCGGUUCGCAGUGACACAGAGAGUCCCCUUAAGCUUACGUGACAACUCGCAUACUGUCCCUUUGUGACCAGCUUAUCGGCAGAAUGCCCGGUCUAUGCGUGCUUUGUCUCACUGCGGUGCUCGCUGCAUUCACCCGGUUCGCGGAGACCGUGGGACCGGUGGUCCGAUGCGAGCCGUGUGACGCCGGGGCUCUUAUGGAGUGCAAGCCGCUGCCAAAAGACUGCGCAGAGAGGGUGCGGGAGCCCGGCUGCGGGUGCUGUCUGUCGUGCGCCCUUGCUGAGGGUCAGGCGUGUGGAGUGUACACCGGACGCUGUGGCUCCGGGCUGAUUUGUCUGUUCCAACCCGGGGAGACCCGACCACUGCAAGCCUUGCUAGAGGGACGGGGAGCGUGCUCCAGCGCCGCGUCCAAAAAACUCAACACCUUUCUGCUCCCCGCGCAGAAACAAGAGAACACAAGUGGGGAGCAUUCCGGGGCGGGGGAUGAACAGCGUGCCAACGGCACCGUGACGACGACCAAGACGGUGGCAGGGGGCGCGGUAGGUGUGGAAGGCGGAGGUGGUGGACAUCGGGGGGCGAUAGAGGCCAAACCGCCGCUGCACACCAAGCUAGACGUGAUCAAGAAGGAGCAGAAUAAGAAGAGCCAGAGCUACAAGGUGGAGUCAGUGUCUGGGGGAGUCAACUCCGACAUGCAUAACUUCUCCCUGGAUAACAAGAGGGAGACUGAGUAUGGCCCAUGCAGGAGAGAGAUGGAAAGCAUCCUGAACAGUCUUAAAAUCUCCAAUGUGCUCAACCCCAGAGGCUUCCGCAUCCCCAACUGUGACAAAAAGGGCUUCUACAAGAAAAAACAAUGCCGUCCUUCCAAAGGGAGGAAGAGGGGUUACUGCUGGUGUGUGGAUAAGUAUGGUCAGCCUCUCCCUGGCUAUGAUGGAAAGGAGAGAGGAGAAUCCCAGUGCAACAACCUGGAGAACAAAUAAGAGGCAGAGAGAGGAUGGAGUGAUGGAGAGAAAGAAUAAGGCAAGAAGAAGAGAGGAAUGGGAGAGAGAGAUACUUUUUAAACUCCUGCCUUGCACGUAACCGUCGAAAGAGUGCCGGACCGUUGACCUCAGGUCACAUGACUGCCGGGUGGGGGAGGGAGAGGGAGGGAGGGGAAGAGAGGGGGGGAGGGAGGGGCAGACUGGGACAGCACAGCCUAAUAGGCCAAGCCUUCUGUCCAUCAUCUGCAGCUAUCUGCUCUGUGCUAUGGGAACCUCUAACUACCCCUCGUAUGAAAACAACAGAGAGAGAAACUAAACAUCUGCACUAUUAUUUUAGAGAGAGAGGAUGGAGGGACUUUUCCACUCACUUUAAAGAGGACUUAAAGAGUGACUGUGACCCAACGCAACAUGCUUGUGUAUGUUUGUGUGUGUGUAUGCAUGCAUGUGUGAGCAUGAGUGUGAGCAUGUAUGAGUGUUUGUUUGUGUGUGUAUGUGUGUGUAAAUGCUGUCUUUCAAUAAGCUCAGUUUAGAGGUGUAAGAAAACCUCUUGACAUCCAAACCCUGCCCCCUUCUAUCCUGUCAUGCAGAGACUCCUCCCCUUUCUCAGGAUCCAUCAUUAUGAAGUGAAGGCUUAUGGGUAGGCCAGCCUCUGACCUCUUCCCUGCCAUGUUGGACACCACUGGCCUUCCCCACUGUCUCCAUAGCAACCAGCUUGUCCCGUCCGAUGUGCUGCGUCACAUUUACAGGUUUAGGGGGAAGGAAAGGAAUGGAGACAGUGCCUUAAACCCACACUGCCCCUCUCCCCCUCUUCCCCAUCCCUGACCCCUACCCCUCCCUUUCUCAUAUUCCUUGGUUAGCCCUCUGCGGUCCUCAUAGGACCCCAGGAAGAGUAGCUGCUGCUUUUGCAAAAGUUCAUGGGGAUUCAAAAAAAAGAAUCAACAGGUUCUCACAUAACGUUACCACCCUGCAGCCCUGGUCUGGUUAGCUAGCUGGCGGGUUGGGUUAGCAUAGUUAGCCAAACCAUCACUUCUUCAUUCAGGAAAUAGAGCCAGUGGUGUUGUCAUGACAACAUGGUCCCUCUAUCUGCAGUACUCUUCCUGUCUAUGGUGCAUAUGUCCUGGUGUGGGGUCCUUUAGACUGGGCAUGCUCGAUGGGACCGGGCUGAUCUCUAUGCCAUAGGAGCCAGCUUCGAGGCCAAGCACAACCACUUAAAGCACUUUAGCUGCACCCAACCAACUUCCCUACAGCACUCCUCACAGUUAAAGACCAUCUCUACCCAUUGUAGCGUAGUAAUCAUACCUUUUAAUUGGUGCAACAUUUAACAAGGUUUAUAGCACUGUAGAACAAAACAUCAACAACAACAAAAGAAAAAACAAUGUUACACAAGCACUUCUGACUGUGACUUUACUCAGCCUAGAGAACAACGCCCCUCCUCACAAUUUCCAUUCUAUUCUUCUGACUGUGACUUUACUCAGCCUAGAGAACAAACGCCCCUCCUCACAAUUUCCAUUCUAUUCUUCUGACUGUGACUUUACUCAGCCUAGAGAACAAACGCCCCUCCUCACAAUUUCCAUUCUAUUCUUCUGAUUGUGACUUUACUCAGCCUAGAGAACAAACGCCCCUCCUCACAAUUUCCAUUCUAUUCUUCUGACUGUGACUUUACUCAGCCUAGAGAACAAACGCCCCUCCUCACAAUUUCCAUUCUAUUCUUCUGACUGUGACUUUACUCAGCCUAGAGAACAAACGCCCCUCCUCACAAUUUCCAUUCUAUUCUUCUGACUGUGACUUUACUCAGCCUAGAGAACAAACGCCCCUCCUCACCAUUUCCAUUCUAUUCUUCUGACUGUGACUUUACUCAGCCUAGAGAACAAACGCCCCUCCUCACAAUUUCCAUUCUAUUCUUCUGACUGUGACUUUACUCAGCCUAGAGAACAAACGCCCCUCCUCACAAUUUCCAUUCUAUUCUUCUGACUGUGACUUUACUCAGCCUAGAGAACAAACGCCCCCUCCUCACAAUUUCCAUUCUAUUCUUCUGACUGUGACUUUACUCAGCCUAGAGAACAAACGCCCCUCCUCACAAUUUCCAUUCUAUUCUUCUGACUGUGACUUUACUCAGCCUAGAGAACAAACGCCCCUCCUCACCAUUUCCAUUCUAUUCUUCUGACUGUGACUUUACUCAGCCUAGAGAACAAACGCCCCUCCUCACAAUUUCCAUUCUAUUCUUCUGACUGUGACUUUACUCAGCCUAGAGAACAAACGCCCCUCCUCACAAUUUCCAUUCUAUUCUUCUGACUGUGACUUUACUCAGCCUAGAGAACAAACGCCCCUCCUCACAAUUUCCAUUCUAUUCUUCUGACUGUGACUUUACUCAGCCUAGAGAACAAACGCCCCUCCUCACAAUUUCCAUUCUAUUCUUCUGACUGUGACUUUACUCAGCCUAGAGAACAAACGCCCCUCCUCACAAUUUCCAUUCUAUUCUUCUGACUGUGACUUUACUCAGCCUAGAGAACAAACGCCCCUCCUCACAAUUUCCAUUCUAUUCUUCUGACUGUGACUUUACUCAGCCUAGAGAACAAACGCCCCUCCUCACCAUUUCCAUUCUAUUCUUCUGACUGUGACUUUACUCAGCCUAGAGAACAAACGCCCCUCCUCACAAUUUCCAUUCUAUUCUUCUGACUGUGACUUUACUCAGCCUAGAGAACAAACGCCCCUCCUCACAAUUUCCAUUCUAUUCUUCUGACUGUGACUUUACUCAGCCUAGAGAACAACGCCCCUCCUCACAAUUUCCAUUCUAUUCUUCUGACUGUGACUUUACUCAGCCUAGAGAACAAACGCCCCUCCUCACCAUUUCCAUUCUAUUCUUCUGACUGUGACUUUACUCAGCCUAGAGAACAAACGCCCCUCCUCACCAUUUCCAUUCUAUUCUUCUGACUGUGACUUUACUCAGCCUAGAGAACAAACGCCCCUCCUCACCAUUUCCAUUCUAUUCUUCUGACUGUGACUUUACUCAGCCUAGAGAACAACGCCCCUCCUCACAAUUUCCAUUCUAUUCUUCUGACUGUGACUUUACUCAGCCUAGAGAACAAACGCCCCUCCUCACAAUUUCCAUUCUAUUCUUCUGACUGUGACUUUACUCAGCCUAGAGAACAAACGCCCCUCCUCACCAUUUCCAUUCUAUUCUUCUGACUGUGACUUUACUCAGCCUAGAGAACAAACGCCCCUCCUCACAAUUUCCAUUCUAUUCUUCUGACUGUGACUUUACUCAGCCUAGAGAACAAACGCCCCUCCUCACAAUUUCCAUUCUAUUCUUCUGACUGUGACUUUACUCAGCCUAGAGAACAAACGCCCCUCCUCACAAUUUCCAUUCUAUUCUUCUGACUGUGACUUUACUCAGCCUAGAGAACAAACGCCCCUCCUCACAAUUUCCAUUCUAUUCUUCUGACUGUGACUUUACUCAGCCUAGAGAACAAACGCCCCUCCUCACAAUUUCCAUUCUAUUCUUCUGACUGUGACUUUACUCAGCCUAGAGAACAAACGCCCCUCCUCACAAUUUCCAUUCUAUUCUUCUGACUGUGACUUUACUCAGCCUAGAGAACAAACGCCCCUCCUCACCAUUUCCAUUCUAUUCUUCUGACUGUGACUUUACUCAGCCUAGAGAACAAACGCCCCUCCUCACAAUUUCCAUUCUAUUCUUCUGACUGUGACUUUACUCAGCCUAGAGAACAAACGCCCCUCCUCACAAUUUCCAUUCUAUUCUUCUGACUGUGACUUUACUCAGCCUAGAGAACAACGCCCCUCCUCACAAUUUCCAUUCUAUUCUUCUGACUGUGACUUUACUCAGCCUAGAGAACAAACGCCCCUCCUCACCAUUUCCAUUCUAUUCUUCUGACUGUGACUUUACUCAGCCUAGAGAACAAACGCCCCUCCUCACCAUUUCCAUUCUAUUCUUCUGACUGUGACUUUACUCAGCCUAGAGAACAAACGCCCCUCCUCACCAUUUCCAUUCUAUUCUUCUGACUGUGACUUUACUCAGCCUAGAGAACAAACGCCCCUCCUCACCAUUUCCAUUCUAUUCUUCUGACUGUGACUUUACUCAGCCUAGAGAACAACGCCCCUCCUCACAAUUUCCAUUCUAUUCUUCUGACUGUGACUUUACUCAGCCUAGAGAACAAACGCCCCUCCUCACAAUUUCCAUUCUAUUCUUCUGACUGUGACUUUACUCAGCCUAGAGAACAACGCCCCUCCUCACAAUUUCCAUUCUAUUCUUCUGACUGUGACUUUACUCAGCCUAGAGAACAACGCCCCUCCUCACCAUUUCCAUUCUAUUCUUCUGACUGUGACUUUACUCAGCCUAGAGAACAACGCCCCUCCUCACAAUUUCCAUUCUAUUCUUCUGACUGUGACUUUACUCAGCCUAGAGAACAACGCCCCUCCUCACCAUUUCCAUUCUAUUCUUCUGACUGUGACUUUACUCAGCCUAGAGAACAAACGCCCCUCCUCACCAUUUCCAUUCUAUUCUUCUGACUGUGACUUUACUCAGCCUAGAGAACAAACGCCCCUCCUCACCAUUUCCAUUCUAUUCUUCUGACUGUGACUUUACUCAGCCUAGAGAACAACGCCCCUCCUCACAAUUUCCAUUCUAUUCUUCUGACUGUGACUUUACUCAGCCUAGAGAACAAACGCCCCUCCUCACAAUUUCCAUUCUAUUCUUCUGACUGUGACUUUACUCAGCCUAGAGAACAACGCCCCUCCUCACAAUUUCCAUUCUAUUCUUCUGACUGUGACUUUACUCAGCCUAGAGAACAACGCCCCUCCUCACCAUUUCCAUUCUAUUCUUCUGACUGUGACUUUACUCAGCCUAGAGAACAACGCCCCUCCUCACAAUUUCCAUUCUAUUCUUCUGACUGUGACUUUACUCAGCCUAGAGAACAACGCCCCUCCUCACCAUUUCCAUUCUAUUCUUCUGACUGUGACUUUACUCAGCCUAGAGAACAAACGCCCCUCCUCACCAUUUCCAUUCUAUUCUUCUGACUGUGACUUUACUCAGCCUAGAGAACAAACGCCCCUCCUCACCAUUUCCAUUCUAUUCUUCUGACUGUGACUUUACUCAGCCUAGAGAACAACGCCCCUCCUCACAAUUUCCAUUCUAUUCUUCUGACUGUGACUUUACUCAGCCUAGAGAACAAACGCCCCUCCUCACAAUUUCCAUUCUAUUCUUCUGACUGUGACUUUACUCAGCCUAGAGAACAACGCCCCUCCUCACAAUUUCCAUUCUAUUCUUCUGACUGUGACUUUACUCAGCCUAGAGAACAACGCCCCUCCUCACCAUUUCCAUUCUAUUCUUCUGACUGUGACUUUACUCAGCCUAGAGAACAACGCCCCUCCUCACAAUUUCCAUUCUAUUCUUCUGACUGUGACUUUACUCAGCCUAGAGAACAAACGCCCCUCCUCACAAUUUCCAUUCUAUUCUUCUGACUGUGACUUUACUCAGCCUAGAGAACAAACGCCCCUCCUCACAAUUUCCAUUCUAUUCUUCUGACUGUGACUUUACUCAGCCUAGAGAACAAACGCCCCUCCUCACAAUUUCCAUUCUAUUCUUCUGACUGUGACUUUACUCAGCCUAGAGAACAAACGCCCCUCCUCACAAUUUCCAUUCUAUUCUUCUGACUGUGACUUUACUCAGCCUAGAGAACAACGCCCCUCCUCACAAUUUCCAUUCUAUUCUUCUGACUGUGACUUUACUCGGCCUAGAGAACAACGCCCCUCCUCACAAUUUCCAUUCUAUGCAAAGUGUGUUUUCUUUUUGUUGAUAUUGUUUCUUGGAGAUGCUUGUAUGAUCUUAUGCCAACAUAACUCCACCAGGUGGAUGCAGCACCAAAUAUGCAUUCAAGAAGCAGACAGGGGGUCUGAGGGAGGGGGCGUGGUCCUCCUAGAAGUGCUCCCUGCUUCCUGUAUGACGCUUUCACAUAUC